AUGCCGCGGAAGCGGACGAGAGACGAGAUGGAGGCCUCGGAGCCUCCAGCACAGCAAACACCAGACACACCUCUCAUCACGAAGAUAAGAAAUAUGUGGGAGUUCGCCAGUGUCAUGCAGUUCAUUCAAAUUUUUGGUAGUGCAGUCCGGAUCGACCCUGACUUCGAUAUUGAGGACUUUGAGGAAGAAUGUCUGAAGCCAACUCCGUCGGAUAAGCUCGAAGAGAUCGGGCUCACCCUUCUGAAAUGGAUCUCGUCCUUCCGUGGACUCGAACUCAGCAACUGGGACGAGUACACACGGCGGCAAUAUGAAGCUAAGGCUCCACACCUCAGCCCCUACGGUACCGAAGAAGAUCUCAAGCACUUCCGAGACUUCGAUAUCGGCCUCAAGAUUCGCGUUCUGCACCAACUAACAAUAUGGGUCUUCUGGAACCCAGAUCGCAUUAAGGAGCGGAUGCCUGAAGCAACAGACGCUCGUCAAACAGAAUGGAGAGUUGAGGAAUUCGGUUGGGAUCGUGAUGACCGCUCGUACUACGUCCUCGAUGACAACCGCCUCUACCGUCGCACCGAACCAAGCCUGCCUCCUACCCCAAAGGCUGCACCGAAAAAGACCUCGAAGAAGGCUCAAGCUGCCCGGCGUCGUGCAAGCAAGAGACAGAAAUUGGAGAAUUCCUCAUCGCCCGAGCCUCAGGAUGACGAAGUCGAGCAGGAAAACGAAGAUUCUGCGCAAGACACUCACGUCGGCACACCCUCCGGCCUAGACGUCAAUACUUUGGGUGGAUAUACAUGGGAAUGCAUCGCCAUCACCUUAGCAGAAUACCAGGCGUUCGUCGAGUCGAUAAAGAAAACAAAAGACCCCAAUGAGAAGUCGAUGCGGGACCGCUUGGUGUCCGAUAUCAUCCCUCUCAUUGAGCUGCCGAGGAUAAGCAACGCCGCAAGAUGGAACGCCAUGGCUACCGCAAAACGAUCAAGUCGCAUCGCCGGCAAGCAGGAACGAGAGAAGGCCGAACGUGAAGCAGAGGAGGCCGAGCGCAAACGUCGUGUCGACCUCGCCGCAGCACGUCGCGAGCAAGAGAGACUUGAGCAGAUGGAGGAUGAGCGCAACUCCCGCAUGAUGACGAGAGAACAGCGCAUCAAGGAUCGCGAAUACAAGCGAAUACUAGCGGAAGAGGAGCUCGCUCGAUCAGCUGCCGUGGAAGAGGCUAUCGCAAAUGGAGAGGCCCGCGGCUCUGAACGACAAAUUAAGGAGCGCCUGGCCAGAAAUAAGAAGAAGCUGGAUGAGAUCAUCAGCGAGGAGGAUGAAGACAACUGGAUGUUCGACUGUUCUGGAUGCGGUCUCAACGGCAUCAACAAAGAUGACGGCUCACACAGCAUUUCAUGUGAGCGAUGCAAAGUCUGGCAGCAUUCCAAAUGCUUGAAGAUCUCGGAGAAGGACGCCGAUAGAGACGACUUCCACUUCAUCUGCCGCCGCUGCCACAAGAAGGAGGAGGAUGCCAAGCGUCCGAAGAUAUCGCUGAAGUUCAAGACUGGUCAAUCAUCGUCCUCACCGCCACAGAACAAUUUGCCACAGCCAUCUCCUUCUCCUCGCAAGCAGGUCUUCACUGGCGUCGAGGUACCUCGGGUGCUUCUCAAGCCAGACCGACGGAGAAUGGCCACCAUGCGCCGUCGCCUGCUUAUGGGCCACGUCCGCCAUCUGCCGGCCAGAAUGGCUCUCAAGUAUCCUUUUGUCGUCUCUCCAUAUCAGCAAGCAGGAAGUCCACCACUGCAGACAAACCCAAUGGGCAGUCCACCCUUACAGUCAGGACAGCCCUGGGGUCCUCCUCCACCACAGCAGUAUGCACAACCCCGACCGUCCUCAUCUGGAUACCAAUAUUCCAACCAAGGCCACUCACAUGCCCCACCUCCCCAACCUGUCUAUCCGACCCAAUUUUCACAGACCUUCGAUCCAGCCACUGGUCCGCGACCACCCUCUUCUGGCGGAGGCUCACGUCCAACCUCGUCUCAUGGCCAAGUGAAUGGAACGACACCUGCUGCACAGCUACCGUCUCCUGUGGUCAACCGUCCAGUCAUUUCGCCCAGUCAGGGAAAUUACGAUGUUGGUCCCGUCGCAGGCAUUCCGCCACACAACAGACAACCUCAACGCACUCCUAGCUUCACGAAUGGCACGCCCGCACCGCUUGCUCGACAGGAGUCGUAUUCUUCUUCACCACCAUUGUCCGGCCUAUCGCCAAGCAAGAAUCCGACACCACGUGCUCAGAACUACCAAGCCACACCAGCCCAUCAGAACGGCACAAGCCUUCCGCCACCUUCAGCUAUUCCCGUCAAGCCAGUCACCUCGCCGGUUGCUGCGACUCAGCGGACUGUCAGUGGCACACCUAUCUUCCCUCCAAGCGAGAAACUCGCUCCUACACCCGACCGUGGUCACCUUGGUCCACAGCCAACGCCGAGCAAGCAUGAGAUCCCGGUGCCCAAUCACAUGAACGCCAAUGAUGGAGACGUUGUUAUGAACGGCACCCAAGACCACGAAUUGUCUUCUGCUCAGCGACCACACGCUGAGACCAUUGAGCAGAAUGGCCAGCAUGAGUCGUGA